CGGUGGAGCUCGUCGUAUAUCCGGGAGGAGAGCAGCUGUUAGCGGGGUCUGACGCAGGGCUGUCCGGAGCAGCAGGUAGACGAAUUGUUAUUUCAAAUGUCUUCUUUUGCGCCAACACAUGUUUUGUCUUUGAAAGGAGUACAUUAAAAGGGGCGUGUAGAAUCCCCCCACGCCUCCGGGAAAAAAAAACAUUUUCCGGCUCCCGCUCAUGGAGAGAACCGGGGCGCGUACCGAUGCGAGCAGCAGCCCCUGACGCUCGGCGGCGCCUCGGUCGGUGGGAGAGGCUCGAGCCGCGGCCGCGCUCCACGAUGCUCCGCCAGGUGUUGCACACCGGCCUGAGCGGCGGCUUCCGCGCGCUCGGCCGCUUCGUGGCGAGUCACCCGGUGUUCUUCGCCUCGACGCCGGUGCUCCUCUCCAUCCUGCUGGGGGCCAGCUUCAGCCGCUACCGCGUGGAGGAGGACGUGGAGAGCCUGCUGGCGCCCAAGCACAGCCUGGCCAAGAUCGAGGGCAACCUGGUGGACAGCCUCUUCCCCAUCAACCACUCCAAGCACGCACUCUACUCCGACCUGCAGACGCCCGGACGCUACGGGCGCGUCAUCAUCACUGCCCGGCGAGGGAGCGUCCUGGAGCCGCCUCACCUGGACGCUAUACUCGGGCUCCACAGGCUCAUCUACCACAUGCAGGUGUCGGUGCCACCAUCGGGCUUCAACUACUCCUUCUCCCACCUGUGUCUCCCCGACGACAAGAACGUCUGCAUCGUCGACGACAUCAUCCGCGCCAUGGAGGAGAUCCAGUCGGCCCGUGCGGCCAACCGCACGACCUCAGUCCUCCGCUACCCCAUCACGGAGCUGGCGGACGGGCGCCAGGCUUAUAUCGGCCACCAGCUGGGCGGCGUGCAGGGCUUGGGGCCCAACGGCGCGAUGCGCGGGCAGGGCGUCCGGGGCGAUGGCGUCCGGGGCGAGGGCGUCCGGGGCGAAGGCGUGCGCUCGGCCAAGGCUCUCCAGCUGACCUACUACCUCCAAGCGCGUGGCGGCCUCAUGGAGGGCGUGGCCGGCCAAUGGGAGAUGGCCUUCCUCGGCGAGCUCCGGCAGUUUGCGGCGCUGCACCCUCAGCUGGUCCUCUACCCCGCCACGUCCGCGUCCCUGAGGACAGACUUUCAGUUCUCCUCCGUCCUGGCACGGCGCCCCCUCUUGGCCAGUUUGGGGCUGUGUGGCGUUCUGGCCGUGCUCUGCUGCUCUAUGAGGGACUGCGUCAGGUCCAAGCCGUGGUUGGGACUGCUGGCGCUGCUGUCCGUCACUCUCUCGGGCUUGACGGCCGCAGGGAUCCUCAACCUGAGCGGGUCCACCUACAAUUCCACGUACCUGGGCAUCCCUUUUGUCAUGCUGGAACACUUCUGUCCGCCGUCUGUACACCUGAUGAUUCCCUCCAGGCGCGUGACGAGAGGUUUCAAUCCCACCGACAAGUGGUCGAGCAUGACCUAG